GACUAAGAGAACAAAUAACUCUGGGAAUAUUCAGUGUCAAAGUGGGGUUUUUGGGAAGACGAUCCGCGGGUGUUACCUGUGUUACAUACAGCCUCUUCCUCAGGGGGCAUAUAAGGAUUUUUGAGGUUUCAAGAUCGAGUUUGGACCUCACGAAGAAAUGGGCCUUGAAUCAUUCACGACGAUUCACACCAGUCGCAACGGACUUGACGAUUGAUAAGACGAAUAAAAAUUCUUUUCUUCAAGAUGCGGGAAAGAAACAACGCGAUCCCCUGGGGACCAACGGGGAUCUUAAUCGAUUGAUUUAAUGUUGAUGGAACUUUUCUUUAUUCCCUUCUAAAUGUGAAAUUAUCACACAGAUGCUCACGAACAAUCCGAACUGAGGAUAUUUUUCUCCUAUCAGGGAUUAUGUGAAAAGAAAGAGGAGCAAAGAGAUACACGAAAAAAAGCCAGUUCACGUUUAUAUUUUUUCCUUGAGUACAUUCAUAUUGUUUUUCUCAACGAUGUCGUUUCUUUCGAAUCUCAAGAAAGCGUUCCACUUCGGUGGCAACGACGCCAAGAAGAAAAAACUCUACAAUAACAUCAAAAUCGACUGUGAUCCACAAGAAUUUUGGGAAAUGAUCGGCGAGCUUGGCGAUGGUGCUUUUGGAAAAGUUUACAAGGCUCAGCACAAGCAGACGAAUCAGUUGGCUGCUGCGAAAAUGUGCGCACUGGAGGGAGAAGAUGAUCUGAGCGAUUUCAUGAUAGAGAUUGAUAUUCUCUCAGAAUUCAAGCAUCCCAAUGUCGUUGAACUUCAUGAGGCGUACUUCAAGGAUGGAAAACUAUGGAUGCUGAUCGAAUACUGCGACGGUGGUGCUGUCGAUUCGAUAAUGGUUGAGCUCGAGAAGGCUCUUACCGAACCUCAGAUAUCGUACGUUUGUCAGCAAAUGACGAAAGGUCUUGCAUUUUUGCACAAAUCUCGAGUCAUACACAGGGAUCUUAAAGCUGGAAAUGUAUUACUCACGAUGUCCGGUGGUGUAAAAUUAGCUGACUUUGGUGUUUCCGCAAAAAAUAAGCACACCUUGCAGAAGCAUGACACAUUUAUUGGCACACCUUACUGGAUGGCACCGGAAGUAGUAUUGUGCGAAACAUUCAGGGACAAUCCGUACGAUUUUAAAGUCGAUAUUUGGUCUCUGGGAAUAACUUUAAUAGAAUUAGCUCAAAUGGAACCGCCGAAUCACGAAAUGUCGCCUAUGAGAGUGCUUUUAAAAAUACAAAAAAGUGAUCCGCCGAAGCUCGAUCAACCGGGCAAAUGGAGUAAAGACUUCAAUGAUUUCAUAGCAAAAGCUUUGAUAAAGGAUCCAUCGUUGCGACCAACGGCUGACGAGUUGUUAAAACAUUCCUUCAUUAAUCGAACAUUGGAUUCAAAGCCCAUAAGAGAUUUGUUGUUGGAGUAUAAGGCCGACGUUGUUGAGGAAGAGCUCGUUGACGAGGAGGCUGAGGAGCAGCGCACAUCACAGCUUCCUCUGGAGCUGGACCAACUCGCAGAUGACUCUACAUCUAUGCGCAGCGACACUGAUGUUAAAGUCACAGAGAAGGAAGGUGUUGUUGCGGCAGCCGAGCAAGCAAAGAAGGAAGAUAGUCACAAACGCGAGAUCAAUCGGGAUGGUGAGAAAGAGGAGAAGAGCAAAAAACUUCGGAAAGCUGAUUCGAAAGAGAGCAUCCCAACGUCCGUUGAGAAAAAGCCGGCUCCAAAGCCCCCUGUUCCGGUUGAUGUGAGUGAGAAAAAAUCAUCGCGUGAAAAAGGUCCAGCGCCACCUCCUCCGGCAGUUCGGCAAAACAGCAAAAGUGAAGAUAAGGAGAAUGUGCCGAAAGUGACUGAGGCCUCGAGUGGCACGGAGUUAUCGGAAAAAUCGUCUACGAUUAACGACAAGCGAAACGAGAAGAUGACAGCGGAAAACCAGGCUGAUCACGUACGACAGAGUCUUAAUGGUGAAGAACAAAAGGGACGAGUCGACGAUAAAAAGGCAUCGGAAGGUAGCCCGGAAAUCGAGAAGAAGAAAGGCUUGACGGAGAACAAAAAAGACGUUGAUAUGAGAGCAAAAUCUGUGGAAAAUAAGAGAACAACGGUCGAAAAAGAUCAAGAAAGUUUAGAGGAAAAACGGAAAUCAGCACCAGUUCAACCGGAGUCUUCGGAUGUUUGGAAAAAACCCGUUUUCAGUAAGCAGAGCUCUCUGGACGAAAAACGGGGAAGCGAGAGUAAAGUUAUCGAGGAACGACCACGUUACGAGAAGCAGAUAUCGCUCCAAGAAAGUCGUCAAAGUCUCGAAGAAAAGAGAAAAUCAGUAGAGAGCAAGCUAAACGCAGUCUUGGAGAAGCGUAUUUCUAUGGAAGCGGUGAAACGCAUGUCCGACGCUUCAAUAGAAACAUUGAAACGUAGCACACAGUCGAGCAGCGAAACUUCGUUGUUCUCGGAGAAGAACAACGCUCGUGCUUUCUCGAGUGAGAAUAUUAAGACGGGUGGCGAAUUCGGAACAAACAAGACUGAACGACCGGCCAAAAGUCGUAGCGCUGGAUCGUCGAGAAACGAUUCCCUUGAGAACUUUGACCAACAAUUUGACGGCGAUAGAAAAAAUCGAAUUCACGAGGACACGGUCGAUCGCAGUUCGAAUCGAGAAAGAAGGGGUUCGGGUGUCAAUGUUUCUGUCAUUACAUCGACGCCGAUUAGAAGCAAGAGCCUCUCAAGAACGGAAAGUGGCGAUAAUGUUGUCGUUAUUACGGGAAAAUCACAAUCUGAACAGGAUCCUCGUUCAAAUACAUCAACGACCGUGCGAAUAACAGCGGAUUCUCCUGAUCCAUCUAACAGUUUAGCGAGUAACGUGAGCCAGGUAACAGUAGUAACGACUCACCCGCCGGUACUGAUAGACGCGACUUCGACACCGCCGCCGCUGCGUCGUCAAUCACCAAUUUCGGAAGUGGUUAUAGUCGCAAACGAGACGAACAAGACGCAAGUAAACGAGUCUUCGACCGACGACGACGGUUUCACGUCGCUGGACAGCCUUGAGUAUACACCUCACGAGCAGCCGAUCGUAAUAACGGAAGCACCAAAGCGCAUAGGCAAAAAAUUGGAUGAAUCAGAGGUUGUGAUAGUGAGUUCGAUCGUAAACGAUGAAUUGAACGAAGAAUUAACGAAUGAACGGGACACGAGUCACGUAUCGGUGGUGACGGUGGGUGACGAGGGAGAACGGGUGAAGGAUUCUUCAAUAAAUGCAUCGAGCAAGCGCAACGUCGCUCGAACUAUUUCGUCCAACAGUGACAAGUGUACGAACGAUCAUAUGCUGGCGAAUCGGGAAAAUGUCGACGAUUUCACAAGAACGGCGAUGACAGUCGCUGGCACGACUGUUGAAUCAACCGAUGUCGAUGAGGUCCAAGAUGGAAAAUCAAGAAAAAUGAAUGGGCAAUUAAAAACGGAACAGACUGGCCGUAAUCACGAAAUGGCGCGAUCGUCGAGUGGGAAAGUUCGUGAAAAACACGAUUCAAAGGAAAAACGCGCGUCACCUGAUUUUUACGAAGCUUCAAGGUCACAGAGCGAUUCAGGCUCGACGCGUUCGCACACACCUAACAAGAGUAACGAUCGAUCUGAUGCUGAAUCCAUAUCGACUACCACGAGCCAAGAUAGCCGCGGCUCGAAUAAAGAAAAUCACGCUGGACGUGAUUCAAUUCGUCAAUUCCCGGAACACGAAGACGAAGUUGUUCUUCGUCGUAAACCCGAUUACAACCGCGAACAACCGAGACCACCGAGGAGCAAGGAGGAUAUACAAAUGAUGAAUUUGAAGAAAAAGACUCGAAAACGUACCCGAAAGUUUGAGAUCGACGGUGUCGUUGUGACAACAACCACUUCCAAAGUAAUCUAUGGUGAUGACGAGAAUGGGCGCACUUACGAUGAUCAAAUAUUCCGCAAGCAGGAACUGCGGGAGCUCAAAAUGUUACAGAAGAUGGAACAGAAGCAAUUUCAGGAUUUAUCGCAAAAGUCACAUUUCAACAAGGAUCAACAGGAAAGACGUUUCGAGCAAGAGAGACAAUUAUUAGAGCGCGGUGCCGAGGCUGAUCUCGAUACAUUGGCACGGCAACAGAGACAGCAAAUCGAACGUGCAGAAGCUCAGCAAGAGGCCGAUUUGCGUUUGGCUUCGAAAAAAAUUCGUGGCGAGCAGGAACGUGAUUUGAAACAAUUUCGGGAUGGCCUCAAACAAGAAUUACGCUUGCUCAAACAAGAGGUCGACCUUAUGCCUAAAGAACGAAGAAAGAGCGCUUUUAAAAUGCGCAAAGAGAAAUUAGAAGCGGAACACGAAGAGAGAGAAAAACUGUUUCUCGAGAAAUUGAACGAAAGUCACGAGACUUCGCUCAGACGAUUGUCAGACAGUCAUCGUGAAAAAAUCGCCCUUAUGGAACGCCAGUUUUUACAACAGAAACAACAGUUGAUGAGAGCUCGCGAAUCCGCUAUUUGGGAAUUAGAGGACCGUCAAAUUCAUGAGAGGCAACAAUUGUUGAAGAGACAACUCAAAGAUAUUUUCUUCUUGCAACGUCAUCAAAUGCUCAUACGCCAUGAGAAAGAAUUGGAACAGAUGAAACGAAUGAACCAACGCAAGGAAGAAGAAUUGAUCAAGAGACAAACGGUCGAACGUCGCAAUCUACCAAAACGCAUACGCAACGAGAUGAAAGCUCGUGAAAUGAUGUUCCGCGAGUCCAUGCGGAUUUCCAUAAGUUCAGCUUUAGCUACCGAUCCCGAUGCCGAACGGGAUAAGCUCAAAAAGUUUCAGGAAAACGAGAAAAAACGUUAUCGUGCCGAGCAACAGAGAUUCGAACUUAAACACGCCAGACAACUCGAAGAGGUCAGAGCACAGAGCGACGCGACGAUCAAAGAGCUCGAACAGUUGCAGAAUGAGAAGAGAAAAAUGCUCAUGGAGUACGAGACUAUGAAGCUCAAGGAGCAGGAGGAAGCUUAUACGAAAGAGCUUAAAGAAUGGAAGGCACAGUUGACGCCUCGCAAACAGAGGCUUGAAGAACAAUUUGCGAUGCAACUGGAUGAGCAAGAAGCAAUUUACGGACCGAGUGCUAUACCGCUUUGCUUGCCACCGGAUCUUCCGGAUUUGACUCAUCACACAGCUGGUUCGACCCGAAGUUCUCUGUCGUCAGUGAGCGAGGGCUGAAAAAUGUCCAUUCCGAGAGCUCUCGCUCUCCCUCUCUUUCUUCCACACACACACACACACACACACACACACACACACACACACAUACAUGCAUCGGAUGAAGCAGCAAAAGAAUUGAUGGGAAGACAGACUUUUCAACGGAGUCUUCGCUGACAUUUGCAUACAAGCGUAAAUCGUCGCUUUUAACUCAUAGACAACUAUUACGAUAUACAUAUGUCUUUGGCUCAGUAAAAAAAGUGUCAAAGUCGUUGUAUGGCUUGGUUCAAGAAGCGGCUAAUUUGCGAAUUAAAUUAUGAAUUUAGCCACUUCUUUCAUUAACCAGUACGUACAUAUACGUAUACAUCAAUGACUUUGCAAAGCGAUCUUACCGUUGGCCGACUGCUGCUAAUCGAUAUUUACGAAUAAGACUGCACGGGGCGCUUUCACAGCGAUUAGAUAAAAAGAAAAAACGAUUCAUCGAUGAUGAAACUUGGCGUUUUUUUUUUCGUGAACAUCAAAAGAUGAGGGAGGUAAUAAAAAAAACUCAAACUAUAUAAUUAGAACUAAACGAAUGAAAGAACGGAAAGAGAGGAAAGUAGUGUGUACAUAAAUCGCAAUGUUUCUUACGAUGCUUAUACGGGAAGAGAACUAUACUAAAUAUCGAUACAAUUCACUAUAAUCCGCCCGAUCGAUGUUCAGAAAUGUCGCUAGUGACUUAUACAAUUCUCAAUGUUUUUUUGUACGAAAAUACAUUCACAACACCGAAUAAAACACUCAUACAUGUAUUUACAUUUAAUUUCCGUCGUAUUCGACUCCGUUUUUUACCUCCAUUUUGAAACAAACGUUUUUUCAUGUGAAAUGGAAACUUGGAAGAGUGACUGUGACAAUAGUUGUUCAAAAUUUGCCACAUUUCACUACAAUCCUCAACGUAGAUUCGAUCACAAUUUUUUUUGUCAUUUUCAAAUUGAAGGUGGAACUUUUUAAGUGAAAAUUUGUAGAUUAACGGAAGUGCUGAUGGAAAAACGAUGAGCAUGAGAGUAUAUGAAUAUUACAUGUAUAUAUGUGUAUGUGUGUUUAUAUUUAUUCACAUGCCUUGUAUAUGAUACAUCCAUAAAGUAAAAAACCUUAGAGUUUUAUGAUACCUUAGAGGGAUUAUGAAAAAAAAAUGUCAAUUCUCUUGGAAUUGAAUAUCGAUACGAAUUUUCUUCUCAAACAUACACGAUUCCGAAAGAAAAUGAAAUUCAAUUUGCCAAUUAUUUGAUCAACUUCAACACAACACGGAACGUGUUAUCGUAAAGGGAAAUAAAUUAGAAUGGAACAAAUGAGAUGAGAAAAUGCCGAUAUAUUUUGUGAAUAACGAAACUGCAGCCGAGAAUAUUAUUCGAAAAAAAACGAAAGAUUUUUGACUGUUUUAAACGUUCAACAUGUACAGAAGUACAGAAAAAAAUGUUAACAAUACGAAUUUUAGAAAGAAACGAUUGCGCAACGAAAGCCGAACGAAGUAGCACAAGUCUUGCAAUUUUCGUCUCCCAGACAGAAAUAAUUAAUACACGAAAUAAUGAUAACGUCCAGAUAGAAAAGAAAAAAGUUAACGAAAUCACGUCUAAUUAUACUGUACGAGAAAACGAAGCGAGAAAUUGACGCAAACAAGUUGGCAAAGCUACUCGCCGAUACGAUACAGGAAUUUUUUCCCUGAAAAUAUACAUACAUAUAUUUUAAUAAAUAUACAAAUGAAUCGCACUAGAGAUCGUAUUAAAAAAAAAAGAAAAAGAAAACAAACAAACAAAUAACAACACCAAAUAUAAUACUUGUAAUUUUUUUGAUUAAUUUUCAUCGUACGAUGAGAAGAAAAUAUUUCCACAACGGCAUAGAGAAUCUCGUUUUGAGUAGCAAAAAGAAGUUCUUCCUCUUUUCUUUUCACUUCUUCCAUGUCAAAUAAUUCAUUCUUACAUUUACUAUUGCUAUACAAUAAAAAAAGAAGGAUAUGAGAGCAACUUGUACAUAUACUGGGAUGUGUCAUUUCAGAGCAACAUUUUUCCUUUUACGAUUUCGCCCUAAACGUUCUCUAUUCGUGUCGGAAGCAGAUUGUGCGAAAAAAGAGGCCUGUCCAAAAAUAUUCAGAAGUCUUUUUUGUUAGGCUAUUGUGAAUAUGUUCGAAACUUUUGAAUGGUGACUUGGAGGGAAUUUAAAAAAAAAAUCCCUCCAAUUGAAUCUGUAGAUGUUCAAAGUUCAUUUUGUGAUCGAUUUUGAUCUUUAGCUCUGUCUGGAGUAACUACAGAUUUGAUUUAAGGAACUCUUUCUUGGAGUACCCAUUUUCAUAAAGUUGUUAUUCGAAUACAAAUUAUUCUGUAAAAUUGACUUUAAUCUAGAGUCGCAGUACUCAAGACGACUACACUUAUGUUUAAGUGAAUCGCUCCCAGAUUAGUAUAUACCGGAGUAUGGUAAACUAUAAUGACGUUGCGCAACUUUGUAAUAUUCUUCCUCUAGAUCCUCCUUUCGCACAAUUUCGUUUUUCGAUGCAAACGAAAGAAUUUUUAGACGUAACUGUAAAAAAGAUCCUGCCCUGAAAUGUCAUAUCCCAAUAUAUACAUUUAUUCAUAUAUACUACGAUAAGAAGUUAUGAAGAGUGAAGAAAAAUCGUUUUCCCUAUAAGUCGCUUUCGAUUCGAAAAUGAUUCUACUUUAUUUUCCGAUUCUCUCUUGCACCGGAGACGUUUAACACUACUAAAAAAAACCAUCGAGCCCCCACUUCUUAUGACGUUGAAGUUUAUUUUGUUAAAAUACAACAAAAUUAUCAUUUUUUGUUUCCAGUCACAUAAACUUUUUGGCAUUGAAGAACGUCAUCGAGCUGUUGUUUAGUCAUUUCCAGAAAAUAAUAAGAGAAAUAUACGAAAAAUGUUGAAAGAUUUGGAACAAUUCGAUAAAAAGUUUUGUUUCGUUCGACACUUCAAUGCCAUAAAUGUUUUAUUUUUCAACUCAAUGAGGUUGCUCAGUGGGAAUGGAUUUUAUUUUUCAUUCUUUCUGCGCAACACUGUGUUGUUUGCGCCAUUAAAUCAUGAGAUUUUUCUUAUUUUCAUUCCAAUCAUACAAACUUCGUACACCUUUCCAAAGUAUCGGUGAUAUGACAUGAAUUUUUUCCAAUGUUAAAUCUUUCUUUUUUGUGUUUAACAAACAAAUGAAAUUAAAUAGUUUAUUGCACUAGUUAAUUUGAGCAAAUAACCAGAAAAAAGAUCGUUACCCAUGACGAUCGGGAAGCUUUUUCUUCUAACUUUCACCAAUUUUCUUCUCUUUCCCUUCGUCCUAAUUAUGAUAUUGUGAGCUUAGAAAACGUUAAUGCAUCAUUCUUCUUUCUCCCAUUUGUACAUUAAUUCCCAUUAUUGUCAACUUGUAACUACCGCUUCGCAACUCUUUUUUGAUAGAUAACGUUUCAUUGUUUUGUAUAUUUAUAAUAUCAUGGGUCAGCUGUUGAUUAUUUAAUAUUAGAAAAGUAAAAUUCAAUAAAUCGGUCACUAGUGAUGGACAGUCGCUGGAAAAAAAAGAAAAAAAAACUUGGAAAAUUGCAAUUUCAACUGUGUUGUUGAAUUUCAUUUUCAAAUAGUUGAAUUUACAAUUUUCUUUUUACUGUACUAUACGAUCAAUAGUAUAGUAAUUUUCCUCGAUAUCGCGAAUCGCUGUCCGCGUGAUAAUCACGCGUUACUCCCAUCGCGAUUUUCGACGAGACACCAUUGUACAGCGAUACAUUAUUGUGGGACGAGAGUAUUUUCAAAAUUUUAUAAAUAUAUUUUUCUUCUUAUCCUCGAAAUUGCUUGCCGCGUAUUCUUUAAUUUUGGAAUAUAAAAUAUAAUUCAUCAUUGAGUUUACGAAAAAAAAUGUAAUUAACGACGAAAAAAAUGUUGAAAGUACGAUUCGAUGUAUGAAUAUUGAGUUUGUUGUUGGGAAUAGACUGUUUGUGAAGCAAGCACAGAAAACGAAAGCUGAAGUUGGUUAUUUGAACUGUAACAUAAAUCUAUCAUUAUUAAUUUUAUUAUCAUUAUUAUUAUUACUUGCUCAGAACUGGAUAUGUUUAAGUUCAAUAUUGAUUAUCUAUAUUAUUGAUAAUUAUGAUAUAGAAUUUACUUAUCGAAAUUAGGCGAUAUGUUAUUAAGAUGGAAAAAAACAAGUAAUAAAUAUUUUAAUGCUAAA